GGAAACCGGAACUCUCGUCAGAGAACAAUUGAGACUGGAAUCCUUGGGCGGGGACCGGAGCUCGGCGCGUGGGUAGGAAGCGGCGGUGGCGGCUGUUGAGGAAGGAAAAUGGCGGCGGCCGCCGCCGCGCAGCUCACCGACGGGGAGCUUUUCUCAGAGCUGAGGCGACUCGGCUUCUCCCCGGGGCCGGUCACCGAGAGCACCCGGCCAGUCUAUCUGAAAAAGCUGAAGAAGCUGCGAGAGGAAGAGCGGGUUGGAGGGGCCCGCGGCGCCGUCGCCAACAAGACCCGGAACAGUAACAACAAUAACCUGGGGGCAGGAGGAGGCGGCGGCGGCGGCGGCAGUUUGGCGACCAGGCUGGCCAACGCCGACCUUUCCCCUCCGUCUGGAGCGGCCGGCGGUGGGAGCGGCCGGGCCCGCGCAGCUCCCCUCGGCGGCGGCAAAGUCCUGCUGGGCUUCAGCUCGGACGAAUCGGAUGUGGAGGGCAGUCCCAGGGGUCAGGCUGGCGCCGCUGGCAGCCGGAGGGAGCGGAGUUCUGCCUCACGCCGGGACUCGAGGCCUGCAGCCGCCCUGGGCGCCGCCAGCUGCCUCAAUAACAGCGCCUCGCCGGAGGCGCCGGCCCGGAGGAAGCCCAAUGCCUGGUGGGGGGCGGCGGCUAGACGACCGACGGUCACGGCCGGGGCUCGGGAGCAGACGCGGGGCGGGAGGGAGCUCGCGGGUGGCGGAGAGGAAAAGGACGACGAGGACGGCGGAGGCGAAGAGGAGGCCGAGGAGGAGCCGCAGGAGGAGCGGUGUAAGAACCGGGCCGUGAAUGGGAACAGGUUCCUUUCCUACGGCAGUGCUAGUAGGAGGGACAAGUAUUCGGACUCCGAAGAGGACGAGGGGGCCAAGCAGCAAGGUUUGAAAGAGGAGUCGCUUGCUCGCCACUACCUGGCCAGAAAGAGCCUGAGCAAAUCUGCCGCCCCAUUCACAGCCCGUAAAUGUGCUGCAGCGGGCGAUGGCUUGAUGGAGACUGGCCAGGAACAAGGAGCUGGUGGAGGUCUGGUGAAUGACAGGGUGGUAGAAGCUGCUGCUGCUGCUGGGAACAUAGAGAAGGGAAGAAGUCGAGAGGAGGACGCGGAGGAAUUAACUGCUGCCAGGCGAGGUGAAUAUCUGGACUCAAGCCCACUCAUCCCCAGAUACCGCAGUAGCUCUUCUAAGAAGGCCUAUCAGCUGUUACUGCCACCACUACUCAACGACUUGGACAGUAGCAAAAUGACUGAUUCUUUGGGCACUAGUAGGAAACCAACCAACAACCAUGUUCUCACUGGUGCUGUUGGCAGCUACAAUAUUGAGCCCAGGAUAUAUACUCCUACCAAUAGCCUCUCUCCAGGUGCUACCACUUCCUCCUCCACUAGAAUUAAUCACUCAAACCACACAGGUUCUAAUCAUACUUAUCUGAAAAACACCUACAAACAGAAGCUUUCGGAACCAGAUGAGGACCUUCUUCAGCAGUUCAAAAGAGAAGAAAUAUCUACCACAGGAGGCUUCAGUGCUCACUACCUAUCUAUGUUCCUCUUAACCGCUGCAUGCUUGUUCUUUCUGAUACUCGGACUCACUUACCUGAGAAUGAGUGGUUCAGGAGUAACUGAGGAUGUAGGAGCUGACAAUAAAAGUAUGUUCACUGGGCAACUUAAUAUACACGUGAACGAAACCAAUAUGAUGAACAGCUUAUACAAACUUCAUGAUAAGCUGGCACAAAUAGCAGGAGAUCAUGAAUGUGGCAACUCUAUAAAGAAAGGUCUUUCCAUCCAGGAAGCAGCUGCUUAUUUAAAAAGUUUAGGUUCAGAAUAUGAAAAUGUAUUUAACAGAUCUCUGCAAUGGAUUCUAAAUAGUGGAGAAGAUGUUGGUAUAAAGUGUGUUGGCCACAACUCGGAUGAGGAGCCCAUAAUUAACACAACUGAUGUAAAAUAUCUGGUAUCAACCAGACCACAGAUGUCUUUUACAUGUCGUUUUCGACGUGCAUUUGUUACUGUAACAUGCAAAUCACUAAUUCUGCUUUUAGUUGUAGGAAUGGUUUGGGGAGUCUUGCGGUAUAUGAAAUACCGGUGGUCUAAGGAGGAGGAGGAGACCAGACAGAUGUAUGAUAUGGUUGUAAAAAUUAUAGAUGUUUUAAGAAGCCACAGUGAAGCAUGCCAGGAAAACAAAGACUUGCAGCCAUAUAUGCCUAUUCCACAUGUGCGAGAUUCUUUGAUCCCUCCUCAAGACAGGAAAAAAAUGAAGAAAGUUUGGAACAGAGCUGUUGAUUUCCUUGCUGCUAAUGAAUCUAGAGUCCGCACAGAAACACGAAGAAUAGGUGGUGCAGACUUCUUGGUUUGGAGAUGGAUACAGCCAUCUGUAUUGUGUGACAAAAUGUUAGUCAUACCGUCCAAAGUAUGGCAAGGGCAAGCAUUUCAUCUAGAUAGAAGAAAUUCACCACCAAAUAGUUUGACCCCAUGCCUAAAGAUUCGCAAUAUGUUUGAUCCAGUAAUGGAAAUAGGUGAUCACUGGCAUUUGGCUAUUCAAGAAGCAAUCUUGGAAAAAUGCAAUGAUAAUGAGGGAAUUGUUCACAUAGCAGUGGACAAAAAUUCACGUGAGGGUUGUGUAUAUGUCAAGUGUUUGUCUCCAGAAUAUGCUGGAAAGGCUUUUAAGGCAUUACAUGGGUCAUGGUUUGAUGGAAAAUUGGUAACAGUAAAAUAUCUACGGCUAGAUCGAUAUCAUCAUCGCUUUCCCCAGGCUAUUACUUGCGAUGCCCCAUUGAAGCCAUCAAAUACACAUAUGAACUCAAUGUCACAUCUUCGUCUCCGGACAGGCACAACCAACUCUCAGGGAAAUUCCUGAGUCAGUUUACAACUAUUAGAACUGUUAACUUGCAGCAGGAAACAUUUCCUGUCUGGCCCUGUCUUCCACUUUUAGUACUUUUGUAUGUAACAUUUUCAUUAAUCAACGUUCCAGAAGUCUCAUUUUUCAGAAUGUCUGAGCAAUGAGGCAGUAAUAUUGAACUAAAAGAACAAUUGCUCUAUGAAGUGUUGUGGAGCUCAAGCAAAUUGAUACAUAAGUUUUGCAUGACAAAUGUUGAAUUUAUUAAACAUUCUCAGAUGUGGCUGUAUUUUUGCACCAACAAGUGUUUAAUAACAAUCUUAAGAGCAUGGAGAUGUACUGUAUUUCCAUAGUUUCCUGUGAAAUAAUCUUGUGGGUAUUUUGUAACAAAACCACCUACAGUUUCUGAUGGCAAAUAAGUAGAAGUGUUACUUUGUCUGGUCUUUGGUUUCUGUUGCUAUAAACGCUUCAUCUGUGUCACCUAAGGAUGGGGAAGCUAUUUUGUCUUAGUGUUUGCUGAGGGAAAACCAACUGAAUGCAGAUGUUCUGAUUUUGUAUAUAAAUGUAUAUGCUGGUGGUGGCAGAGACAAAGUAAUCUUGUUUUGUGAGGAUGUCUGCAUUAAAGCAGUGAUGAAUAAGCUUCCUAUUUUAUUCAUAACCUAAUGUUUUAUAUAUUUUGGCUGUAUCAUUACAUAAAGGUCAAACAGCCAAACACCUUGAAGUAUUAGAUACAAGUUAAAUAUCUUUUAUAGGUUUUAUAUUAAAAUAUCUGGUUAUGAUUUUUGUGUGAAUGGUCUGAUAUUGUAAUUGUGAUAAUGGAUUCAAAAUUGUGAGCAAUAAAGAAGCAGUUGGCAGGUA